AUGACAAGUGAGCAGCCGUUCCCCGAGAGCUUGGCUUGGGUCGAGCGCGGCUCGGUGCUCGUCCGUCGCAUGAACUCGGAGCGCGUGGCCGAAGAUCCGCGCGUCCGUCGGCUGCUGCUCCAGUUGUCGCUGCCUCCGUCUCCUACGGAAGUGAUGGCGAUGGAAGCGAUUGCCGAGGAGAAAGCACGAGGUGAAGACAGUGAAGUGAAGCGAGCGAGUUCGUCGCUGUUACUGGACGCUCAGGAGAGUUUCGAAGCCAUUGAAGCUGCGAAAGACGCGGACGACGUGAAGCAGGAGAGCGAGAAUGCUGCGCCCAACACGUACCGAGUACUGUUGUGGACGUACCGACUCCAGGCUUCGUUGCAUAGUGCCGUGCAGUAUGCGUUGUUUGCCAAGACCAGUGAAGAUGGAUGCUUUAUCCAGAUUGCACCGAGAGUGUUUUGCGUGGCGCCACCGCAUAUCACGACGUUCAGUCGGCUGUUUGGAACGUACUCGUCGGCGCGCAAUUGGAACGCGGCGGUCAAGAUACUCGCGCAACUGGAUUUGCAAAUGUCGAAAAGGUUUAAAGAGGGAGCGUGUGUGUUUGACUGCGGCUUGUUUGACGGAGUGAAGCGCUUGCAUCACAAGGCGUUGGUGUUUGAUGAGUUUUGCGAUGGGCGGAUUGCAUCCAUACCGUAUUGUCGUGGCCCGAUCCCGUCGAUGCAUUCUGGAUUCGUGAUCACCUCGACAGUCGCUGCGUGGUUGGAUCUGCAUCCAUCGAACGUUGCGAUCUUGCUCGCACCAAACAACGAGCAAAUGAGCGUGUUUGCAACGUGUUGUACGUUCUACUGCACGGACGCGUCUUCUUUCCCCGAAAAGUUCGGAAACGAUCUACUGCGCGCGUACUUGCAGCACGUGAGAGUGGCAGAAUCGUGGCCCGCAAAGCUCCAGCGCACGUUCAGUGGCACUGAUCCAAAAAAUGCAGCGUAUACCGGCGGAUUGCCCAGGCCUCAGGCACGAUACAUUGCUGACUUCGGGAAAUUGCUGGAGAUGCGUGACCGCAAGUUGGUUGACUGCGCAGACUCGCCUGCGCUGGAGGAGAAGAAGCAGAAGCUGACAGGCAUUGCUGUUACACCGGCACCUCGAUCAAUCUAUAUCCGUCAAAUUGACUUGUUAUCGAGUCCUGAUUGUGCGAAUGAUGCCUCUAGUCCAACGUUAGCUACGGCGUUGCCAAUCGCUGACACCUGUCGGCCAUAUUUCGUCAUCCAAAGUGAUAAGGGAGUUUUGUUUUCCAGCAUGGUGAAUGGUGUCCGGGAUGUGGAUCUUCGUUCUGGGGUGCACACCGUUUGGGUGGGAAGGCAAUUGGAAAAUUGCAGUGAUCUGAUGUUUAAGAUGUACCACUUGCCGUUUGGACGACAGGGGGAGUUACUGUUUGAAUGCCGACUGCAUGCAAGCAUUUUGCUAGAGCUUCAGCUUGUUGAAGGUGAGAUGGGACUUGACGAAAACGACCAAGGCGCCGUUACUCUACAUCUCGAAAACGGCGACUUUGACUGCAUUUCAUCCACCUUCUCCUUGCCCAAGCAGUUUGUGAUUCGUAUUCUGUAUUCUCACAACCCCGGCGCUUUUCCGGCCAUGGAACCACCUCUUCCAGUACGACAGAUGGACGAGAUUCUUUCCGAUGGAGAUGCGUCGGUGGCGAGUGCACGUGCAAACGGGGAUUUAGCUCAUUCUAGUACAUUCGCCGUGCAACGACGACGAGACAGUCGUACAAAGGUGAUGCGGUACGAUGGUCCAAGUACUGUCACGUUUUUGUUAGGGAAACCUGGUAUUCGGACACCAUUUGGGGAUCUCAAUUUAGAGAAAGUUGAUGUGAUUCGGAAGACGGAGAGAAACCGAGUCGAUAUGUAUCUACUCUUUCACGUGAAUGCUGCCUGUGGCGAAACGAAAGUGUUACCACUGCGGCAUCUGUUCCGCUUCGUGCUUCCCGAUGCUAUUCGCGAGCGGGUAAUAAUGAUGGGAGCGAGUGAAGAGUUGCUGGAUGAAAACGCGCCGUCUUCUUUUGACAUGGGUGCAGGAAGAAUGUCUUUUGACGAGGAGUACGCGCGAUGGUUGCAGCAUUUGUAUGAAACUGAUCUGAGCACGCCGGGGAAUAAUUAUGAUGACGAAUUUGUGCGAGGACUUUUGGUGACUGACAUUCGACCAAGCCUGGAUUUUCGGAUCGUAAGCAUUGAAACUGAGGCGAACGAGACGCCUCGCGACGCCCACGGCCAGCACGGCCACACAAAAUCUCGCGGUGCAUCUUCAUCACUUCUGAACCAGCUUCCCACGUACAUCUUCAGCACGGCCAAAGACCACGAUGAUUAUGGCAUUCCAGACUGUUUGAUCUGCCGCUGCGGCUUCGAGGUCGGCGAGGAGAUCAAGUCGCUGCCGUGUUUUCACUCGUAUCACUCCGAUUGCAUUGAUUUGUGGCUAUCCCUGAACAAGGUGUGUCCGGUUUGUCAAUGCAGAGUCGACCAACUUAGCUAA